GGCAAACCGCCACACGGCUGCACCCUAGGGUUGGGCUGCCUCCCCUCGCGGGCCACUAGCACCGCGAGCCCCCAACUCACCAACACAGCCAUGUGCCAGCGACAGCGAAAGCAAACAGUAAGUAUCCCCAUGUUUGUGCGUGGCAAUGGCCUCUCACUCUCCACCGCCGCCCUGUCCCUCCGCCAGCUCCACCCGCCGUCACACCAGCACGCGCCGCUACCCGCCAUCCCGCUCGGCGCCCGACCCCAGCCGUACCCCCUACGGCAUCGGAUCCUUGUGCCUGGAUACCACAUGUUGGAAAGUCGCCGGUAUGGUCGACUGUCACUCACACUAGUUACACGGGUUACACCGAACGUUAGGCAAUGCAGGAAGUAGCGUGCCUAGGAAAGUGAGGAUGAACGGGCAAUGCAACAGGUGCUGCGGGCGCAAGUAGCCGGGGAAGUUGCAUGCGGACGUUGCGCGAUCUAGGCGGGAUAUAAGCCGGCGUUGGCACGCCGGACUUACACCAGUCUUAUUCUACCUUACUGGGUCAAUGUAACAGUAUAAGGAA